AUCAUGACCUGAGCCGAAACCAAGAGUUGGAUGCUCAACCAACCGAGUGACCCAGGCACCCCUGGGUGUUCAGUUUUAUAAGUUCUUGAUAUAUUUUAGAUUCUAACUCUUACUAGAUAUGUCAUUUGCAAACAUCUCCCAUUCAGGAGGUUCUUUUAGUUUGGUUGAUCGUUUCCUUUGCUGUGCAGAACCUAUUUUGAUGUAAUCUUGGUAGUUUAUUUUUGCUUUUAUCUCCCUUGUCUCAGGAGACCUAUCUAGAAAAAUAUUGCUAUGGUCGCUGUCAGAGAAAUUACUCUCUGUGCUCUCUUCUAGGAUUUUUUAUGCUUUCAAGUCUCACAUUUAGGUUAUUUAAUCCAUCGUGAGUUUAUUUUUGUGUAUGGUAGAAGAAAGUGGUCCGGUUUCAUUCUUUUGCAUAUAGCUGUCCAGUUUUCCCAGCACCAUUUGUUGAAGAAACUGCCUUUUUCCCAUGGCAUAGUCUUGCCUUUUUUGUUGAAGAUUAAUUGGCCAUAUAAUCAUAGGUUUGUUUCUUGGCUUUCUAUCCUGUUCCAUUGAUGCGUGUGUCUAUUUUUGUGCCAGUACCAUACUGUUUUGAUUACUAUAGUUCUGUAGUAUAACUUGAAAUCUGAAAUUGCAAUACUCCAGCUUUGUUUUCCUAUUUCAAGAUUGUUUUGGCUUUUGGGGGUCUCUUGUGGUUCCAUACAAAUUUUAGGAUUAUUUGUUCCAGUACUGUGAAAAAUGCUGUUGGUAUUUUGAUAGGGAUUGCAUUAAAUCUGUAGAUUGCCUUAGGUAGUAUGGACAUUUUAAUGAUAUUUGUUCUUCCAAUCCAUGAGCAUGGUAUACCUUUCCGUUUGUUUGUGUCAUCUUCAGUUUUUUUCAUCAGUGUUUUAUAGUUUUCAGAGUAGAGGUCUUUUUCCUCCUUGUUUAAGUUUAUUGCUAGAUUUUUUUAUCCUUUUUGGUGCAAUUGCAAAUGAGGUUGCUUUCUUAAUUUCUCUUUCUGUUGUUUUAUUAUUAGUAUAGAAAUGCAGUGGAUUUCUGUACAUUGAUUUUGUAUCCUGCGAUCUUACCGAAUGUUAAACUUAUACAUGGAAAUUGUUUGAACAAAAGAGAAGCAGAGCAAGAUAGAGGAGAAUGAGAGUGUUAUGAAGCAAACUGAGGUGUUAAACACUUAGCCAGAUGGAGAUGUUGGGUAAGCAGCUGGAGAGUCUGCUUGGAGUUUAGGGAAGAUGCUGGACAUAACACACAUCUGAGAGGCUGUUGCAUAUUGAUGGCAUUUAGACUUGAGAGUGGAGAGGAGCACCAAGUAUGUCAGUAUUAGCAACAAGAAGAAGACCGAUAACUUAGCUCACGAGUUUUACAAAAUUUUACUGCAAAGUGGAAUAACUUCUGAAAGUUUUUUCAUUUGAUGACUCCACUGUGACACACCCACACCACCUACCUUCAGCCCUCUGCAGUCUGGAUUCCAUACCCAAUACUCUGCCGCGCCCUGUUACGACUGCGUGGGUGACUCGCCUAUAAAAGGCCGUCUCCGAGCGUCUUGUCGCCACAAUCUCUUCCUGUUCUUGGUGCGUUUGUUGUGGCUUCUAGCUGGGACCGCAGUGGCCGUGAAGAUGGCGUCUACCAGCCGUUUGGAUGCUCUUCCAAGAGUCACAUGUCCAAACCAUCCAGAUGCGAUUUUAGUGGAGGACUACAGAGCUGGUGAUAUGAUCUGUCCAGAAUGCGGCCUGGUUGUAGGUGACCGAGUUAUUGACGUGGGGUCCGAAUGGAGAACUUUCAGCAAUGAUAAAGCAACAAAAGAUCCAUCUCGAGUUGGAGACUCUCAGAAUCCUCUACUGAGUGAUGGAGAUUUGUCAACCAUGAUUGGCAAGGGUACAGGAGCUGCAAGUUUUGAUGAAUUUGGCAAUUCUAAGUACCAAAAUCGGAGAACAAUGAGUAGUUCUGAUCGGGCAAUGAUGAAUGCUUUCAAAGAAAUCACUACUAUGGCAGACAGAAUCAACCUCCCUCGAAAUAUAGUUGAUCGAACAAAUAAUUUAUUCAAGCAAGUGUAUGAACAGAAGAGCCUGAAGGGAAGAGCUAAUGAUGCCAUAGCUUCCGCUUGUCUCUAUAUUGCCUGUAGACAAGAAGGGGUUCCUAGGACAUUUAAAGAAAUAUGUGCCGUGUCACGAAUUUCUAAGAAAGAAAUCGGUCGAUGCUUUAAACUUAUUUUGAAAGCUCUAGAAACCAGUGUGGAUUUGAUUACAACCGGGGACUUCAUGUCCAGGUUUUGUUCCAACCUUUGUCUUCCUAAACAAGUACAGAUGGCAGCUACACACAUAGCCCGUAAAGCUGUGGAAUUGGACUUGGUUCCUGGAAGGAGCCCGAUAUCUGUGGCGGCGGCAGCCAUUUACAUGGCCUCACAGGCCUCCGCUGAGAAGAGGACCCAAAAAGAAAUUGGAGAUAUUGCUGGUGUCGCUGAUGUUACAAUCAGACAGUCCUACAGGCUGAUCUAUCCUCGAGCUCCAGAUCUGUUUCCUACAGACUUCAAAUUUGACACCCCUGUGGACAAACUACCACAGCUGUAAAUCGAGGCAGCUGAUGUCAAACUCCUGUGAACACUGAACUCGGCCUGUUGUACAUAGCCUAUACCAAGUGCUGGAUUGAGCCUUUCUUUAAUAAGGAAAAACAAAAGACAUGGUACGCAUUCCAGGGCUAAAUAUUAAUUGCUUGGCAUUCUGUAUGUAUAUACUAGUGAAACAUAUUUAAUGAUUUAAAUUUCUUAUUGAAUUUGCUUUCUUUUGUAGCAACCUAGGAAACUGUAUUUUGGAAGAUAUUUGAAAUUAUGUAAUUCUUGAAUAAAACGUUUUUCAAAACUAAA